AUGCCUUCCACACACACACACACACACACACACACACACAAAGUGAUACAGUUUUCACUUUCCCCUCUCACAUCUUUUUUCUCACUCCUCUCCGCUCUUCCUCGUCUCUCUUUCCUCCCCGCUCUUCCUCGUCUCUCUCUCUCUCCUCCCCGCUCUUCCUCGUCUCUCUCUCUCCUCCCCACUCUUCCUCGUCUCUCUCUCUCCUCCCCGCUCUUCCUCGUCUCUCUCUCUCCUCCCCGCUCUUCCUCGUCUCUCUCUCUCCUCCCCGCUCUUCAGUGUCUUUCUCUCUCCCCUCCCCGCUCUUCAGUGUCUUUCUCUCUCCCCUCCCCGCUCUUCAGUGUCUUUCUCUCUCCCCUCCCCUCUUCAGUGUCUUUCUCUCUCCCCUCCCGCUCUUCAGUACCUCCCCCUUUAUCUUUCCGUCUCCCCUCCCCUUUAUCUCUCCGUCUCGAAUCUCCCCCUUUAUCUCUCCGUCUCGAACCUCCCCCUGUAUCUCUCCGUCUCGAACCUCCCCCUGUAUCUCUCCGUCUCGAACCUCCCCAUUUAUCUCUCAUUCUUGCACUCUCUGCUCCCCUUUUCUUCUUCCUCACUCUCUCUCUCUCUCUAAUACCUCCUUUUCUUCUUGCUCGCUCUCUCUCUAAUACCUCCUUUUCUUCUUGCUCGCUCUCUCUCUCUCUCUCUAAUACCUCCUUUUCUUCUUGCUCGCUCUCUCUCCCUCUCUCUCUAAUACCUCCUUUUCUUCUCUAUCAUUUUUUCUUCUCUCAACUCUUUUCUCUCUCCUCCUCUAAUUGUUUUUCUCUCCUCUUCUCCCACUUUCUCACCUAUCCAUUUCAACACCCCCCCCCCAACAUGCCGAAUCAGUCUGCCAUACACCACUUUUUUAUCCUUUCCUCUUUUUUCUUUUCUCUUUUUUCUUUUCUCUUUUCUUGCACUUGUUCCUUUCCCUGUCCUUUCCUCUCUCCUCUCCACCUUUCUCUUUCCUUUUUCCUUUCCACCUUUCUCUUUCCUUUUUCCUCUCCACCUUUCUCUUUCCUUUUUCCUCUCCACCUUUCUCUUUCCUUUUUCCUCUCCACCUCUCUCUUUCCUUUUUCCUCUCCACCUCUCUUUCCUUUUUCCUCUCCACCUCUCUCUUUCCUUUUUCCUCUCCACCUCUCUCUUUCCUUUUUCCUCUCCACCUCUCUCUUUCCUUUUUCCUCUCCACCUCUCUCUUUCCUUUUUCCUCUCCACCUCUCUCUUUCCUUUUUCCUCUCCACCUCUCUCUUUCCUUUUUCCUCUCUCUCUCUCUCACUUCACCCACCUAGUGGUAAAAUAUCUUCUCCCCAUCCACUCCCCCUCUUUUCCUUUCCCCUUUCUCUCUCCUUCCCCUGCUUCUUUCUCUCUCCUUUCACCUGCCCCUUUCCCUUUCCCACUCCCCCUUUCCCAGUCCCCCCUCCUCUCCCUUUCCCGGUCCCCCCUCACCCCUUUCUCUUUCCCAGUUUUCCCCCUCUCUUUUACAGUCUUCAGGAUCAAACUCGUUAUAGUCUCAAUGCCAAACCUGUUCCUCUAGCACCAAAAUUGGGGCCCAAUAGCCUUUCACCACAUUUGUUCCCAUUUCUAAGUAAAAGAUUGGCUCAGUCAAGGUGUGACUUAGAUUCUGACAUCCAUGAUGUGGCGUACACUUUGAUGUCUAUGAAAGGCUUCAAUAAUCAAAAUUCUGGUCAAUCAGCAGAUGUUGAGAAUUCUUCAGAAACUUCUCGUGUGAAACUGAAAAGAAAACAACGCGGAGUUCCUUAUGGCCCUGUUCGCAAGAAGAUGUCUGGUCCAAUUAUAUGCACAACAAGUCCAAGUGAAGACCACACCUAUAGUGCCACAUCUACUCCUGCAACUGAUGAUGAUAGUCAUGAUGUGUCCAGCUCUUCUAUUGAUGAUGAAUAUGACUUUGGCCCUGAAGCAGAUGAUGAGGAUGAAGACGACGACGAUGAUGAUGAGGAGGAGGAGGAGGACUACACUGAUUUUGACAGUUACCAUAGUGACUUUGAAGAAGGCAGUGUCAGUGGGGAGGAAGAGGAAAACAGUACCCCAACGCGGUCUGCUGCUGCUACUGUCACCACACCAACCACCCUCACCCCCACUAACACCAUUUCUGCAGCCACUGCUACUGCAGCCACUACUGUCACUACCCUGCCCUCGACAGGACCCCAACAACGGUCACCCAGGUGCUCUACUAGCGAAAACAAAGAUAGGCUAAACAGCAGGCAAUAUCGCAGCAAAAAACACCUCCUUACUCUGGAUGAGGAUGAGAAAAAGAAAAUUGCUGAGGGUGCUGAUGCCCUCUUGAAUCUUGCAGGGAUCAAAACGUCUGAGAUGACCGCACCAGUUGGAACAGCAGCAGUAACAAUGCCUGCCCCAGUGCCAGCUGCAUCAGAGGUAGUGCCAGAAUGUGCAUUCGGUUCUUUGUUUUCAGAGUCUCAGACAAAUGCGGAAUGUUGGACAGAACUUUCAAGGCCUCUGCCGGAAUCUUCUGUACAGCAAAUUGUCUUAUGA